AUGUUUAAAAAACAAUCACUUGAAAAGCUAAAUAUACCAUUUGAAACAUCGAAGCAAGCCAGCAUUGCUGCCCAAGUUUUGAAGCCUGAUCCGCAAUUGAGACCCGAAGAAUUCAAAGUGGAUUACAGUUCUCAAGGUUCGGACUUGGUCGUGAACUUCCAAAGCGUCGAUGACAGAGUCUUGCGUGUUGGUGUCAGCAAUGUCAUUGAUAGCAUUAAAACAAUCAUUGAGACCAUUGAUGAACUACAAGAUUUCUAA